AUGUCGAAAGAAGAUUUCCAGAUUAAGCCAGAGAGCGUGACUCCAACUAAUAACACCUCUGAAUGGCCGCUUUUGUUGAAAAACUACGACAAAUUACUCGUUAGAUCCGGCCACUAUACCCCCAUCCCAGCUGGUUCAUCACCAAACAGUAGGGACCUUAAAUCAUAUGUUUCAUCAGGUGUCAUCAACUUGGACAAACCAUCCAACCCAUCAUCACAUGAAGUUGUUGCUUGGAUUAAAAGGAUAUUGAGAGUUGAAAAAACUGGUCAUUCAGGUACUCUUGAUCCUAAAGUUACUGGAUGUUUGAUUGUUUGUAUUGAUCGUGCUACUAGAUUGGUCAAAUCUCAACAAGGUGCAGGUAAAGAGUACGUGUGUAUUGUUAGAUUACAUGAUCAGUUGCAAGACCCAAAGGAGUUGAAUAGAGCAUUGGAAAACUUGACUGGUGCUUUGUUUCAAAGACCACCAUUGAUUUCUGCUGUUAAGAGACAAUUGAGAGUUAGAACUGUUUAUGAUUCCAAAUUGAUUGAAUUUGAUAACAAGAGAGGAUUGGGUGUAUUUUGGGCUUCUUGUGAAGCUGGUACUUAUAUGAGAACUUUGUGUGUUCAUUUGGGUAUGUUGUUGGGUGUUGGUGGUCAUAUGCAAGAAUUGCGUCGUGUACGUUCCGGUGCUAUGAGUGAACUGGACAAUUUGGUCACAUUGCAUGAUGUUUUGGAUGCUCAAUAUGUUUAUGACAAUACUAGAGAUGAAUCAUACUUGAGAAAAAUCAUUCAGCCAUUAGAAACUUUAUUAGUUGGGUACAAGAGAAUUGUCGUCAAGGACUCUGCAGUUAACUCGGUAUGUUAUGGUGCGAAAUUGAUGAUACCCGGUUUAUUGAGAUACGAAGAAGGGAUUGAAUUGUAUGAUGAAGUUGUUUUAAUCACCACUAAAGGUGAAGCAAUUGCCAUUGGUAUUGCUCAAAUGACCACUGUUGAUUUACAAGGAUGUGACCAUGGUGUUGUCGCUAAAGUCAAGAGAUGUAUUAUGGAAAGGGACACUUAUCCAAGAAGAUGGGGUUUGGGACCAGUUGCCCAAAAGAAGAAACAAUUGAAGGCUGAUGGUAAGUUGGAUAAAUAUGGAAGAGUAAAUGAAAACACACCAGAAACUUGGAAGAAAGAAUAUAAUGAUUUGGAUGAACAACCAGCGCCAGCUGUUCCAGAAUCAAAAUUGGUUGCUCCUGAACCUCAAUUACCUAAAAAGACCUUGAUUGAAGAAGUUGAAGUUAAGGUUGAAGAUUCUGAAAAAAAGGAAAAGAAGGACAAGAAGGACAAGAAGGAAAAGAAGGAAAAGAAGGAAAAGAAGGAAAAGAAAGAGAAAAAGAGGAAAGCUGAAGAUGGAGAUGAAGAAAAGAGCGAAAAGAAGAAGAAAUCUAAAAAGGAAUAG